CUUCCGGUGGUCACAGCUGCAAGAUGAAACUGAUCCAGCAUUCUAGAGAAAAGCUCCACACAGCUUUGGUUUCUAAUUCACAGACUGUGGCUAAAUUGUACAGUAAGUACACAGAAGAUGAAAGGCGUCUCCUGGAGGAAGGACUCCACCCAGGAGAACCAGGUUCCCUCUUCAAGCCCAUCACCGUGCACUCUGAUUCAGACUGGAUCCUUGCUCAUCCUGAGGAGCCCCAGGACUUUGAGACGUUCUAUACGGACCCUUAUCGCAGGACACCUAAUGCAGACCACAGCACUAUGUAUCUACAAACAAUAGGUUCGUUUGGAGAAGUGGGAGCCCAAACUGACCAGUAUGUUGAGUGGCUCCGAGAUUACUGCCAGGCGUUUUUUUAUGGACUUUCUGUCAAGUUGCUUCCAGCAGUUUCUGUGGCUGAAACAGGAUGCUCUUUCAGGGUCAACAGUAACUCACACAAUCUGCAGAUUCUGACAGGUGACCUGUUGCGAUUUCUAGAGAAGAGGAAACCAACAGAUGCUUUCUGCAUUGUUGGAAUCACAAUGAUUGACCUCUAUCCCCGCAACUCCUGGAAUUUUGUCUUUGGACAGGCUUCUCUCAGUAUGGGAAUGGGAGUCUUCAGCUUUGCCAGGUAUGAUGACAACUUCUACACCAGAAGUUAUGCUGGGAGGCUGAAGAAGCAGAUUCAGACAAAACCGGGAGCCUACUCUGUGUUUGAGGGAUACUACACUCCACCCAUCACCAGCACUCUGCUGCUUCGAUCCUGCAAGACCAUGACCCAUGAGAUAGGCCAUAUGUUUGGACUUAAGCACUGCCAGUGGAUGAACUGUGUCAUGCAGGGCUCAAACCACCUUGAAGAGUCUGAUCGUAGGCCGAUGGAUUUCUGUCCCAUCUGCCUUCACAAACUACACGUGUCAGUGGGUUUCCAAAUUGCUGAAAGAUACAAGGCUUUACUGCGUUGGCUGGAAGAGGAGCCGGCUUCUCGACCAGAGCUGGAAUCUGCAACUUCACUCAGCUUUGUCAAACCCACUGAGGCCUUUCAGACAUCUAAAUUAUGGCUCCGCAGGUGUUUGGACAUACUUGAAAAAAGAUAA